AUGGUUAGGGAACAGCAGGAGAAGGUCACGGAUGAUGCGCGAGAUGUAGAAUGCUACCAGCGAAAUAAGUCAUCUUCUGGCUCAGAUAUUGACAAGGCGGUACUAAAAUUAUUGCAGCGUGUUUGCGAGCUUCAGCAUCGUGCUUGGAAGGAAAACCCUAUCAAAGCACGAUCUAAGCGAAGGUUUGUUUGUGGCUUCGGUGAGGUUAAGAAACACUUAGAACUUGGGAACGCAAAACUAGUUAUAGUAGCGGAAGACCUCGAAAUGGGUGCAAAAAACAAUCUUGUAUCUGAAAACUUUGAGGAGGUCAAUAAUCUCUGCCUUGCCAACGACGUUCCCGUGAUAAAAGCCUGCAAGAAGCACGUUAUAGGAAGGACUUUAAAGAAAUUUCCCUUUGUUUCUGUUUUAGUGAUUAUCAACACCAACGACAUUCAGGAAUUGUGUGAAAAAGCACUCUCGUUACAAAAAAUCAAGUUAAUUUUAUUACGGCAUGUCGAUCAACCCAGCUUGUUUGCAUGA